AUGAAGUUGUCACAGGUAUUGCCAUUGGCCGCUCUUGGCUCGGCCUUCGUGCUGCCCCCCGAAGAGGUCCUCAGCGAUCUCGCCAUCGAAGACCACCAUGGACACGGCUCAGUGGACAGUUGGAUUGAGGAGGCGGUAGCUACCAAGGAUCACGUCCUCUCCAGCUUCAGAGAGCAGUUCGAAGAGGUGGUCGAUACAUCGAAGCACACCUGGAAGAAGGUAGGUCACAAAUGCGUUGAUGCUCUCGAGCUUGCAACCCUGGCGAACAUAGUCUGACACCUAGUAUCAGGUUUCCAAGUCCGCGAAGAGCACUCUGGACGAGGCAUUUGAUGCCGCCGGCGAUGCAGCGAACUCUUUCGGAGACAAAUUCCAGGAGGCUACCCAGGGACUGCAAUCUUGGGUCGACGAUCUUGACAUUUUCGAGUCGGAUGACGGUCACCACAGGCCACCACAUCACAAGAAGCCACACCACAAGCCCAAUCAGACUAUCUACCAGUUGAUCGCCAGCAGCGAGUACACCACCACGCUCGCGAAGCUCAUUUCCGAGUACGACGACUUGGUCGAGGCUCUGAACAGCACGUCCGCCAACUACACCGUGUUUGCUCCAUCCAACAAGGCGUUUGACAAGAUUCCGGACAAGGCUCCGAAGCCAAGCAAGGAAUUCUUGAAGAAAGUCUUGUCGUACCACGUCGUACCUGGCUUCUACCCGGCUGGUCGUGUCUUGCAGACCCAUACUGUGCCAACACUACUGAUAGGCGAGCACUUGAGCUCCCAACCGGAGCCGCAACGCCUGACCUUCAAGCUCAAUCUUCGAGGCCUCACUGUCAACUUCUACUCGAGGAUCUUCCCCAUCAAUAUUUUUGCCACGAACGGCGUCAUUCACGGCGUUGACAGCAUUCUCCUGCCCCCUCCCAAGGCCAUCGACAUCGUCGACCUCUUCCCCGGAGAGUUCAGCACACUCGAGCUCGGUCUUUCCAAGACUGGUCUUUUGGAGAAGCUGAACACCACUGACCACGCGGGAGGCACCAUCUUCGCACCAAGCAACUUCGCCUUCCAGAAGCUCGGCCCCAGGAUCAACGCCUUCCUCUUUUCUCAACACGGCCUGAAGUACCUGAAGGCUCUCCUUGAGUACCACGUCGUCCCCGGCGUCACCCUGUACUCUGACGCCAUCUACAAGGCCAAAGAAUCCGACGUGGAGUUGAAGGAAGACCUGCCCGGAAAAGGGCUGUUCCACAUCGACCUACCGACCUUGUUGGAGGACAAGUCACUCUCCGUUGACAUCGCUCGCUAUGGUGGCUUCAUCAGCAUCAAGAUCAAUGCGUUCGCAACUGUAGGAAUUCAAGACGGACUUGCCGAGGAUGGCGUCAUCCAAGUUGUUCGAGAUGUGAUCAUUCCACCGAAGAAGAUUGGUGGCGGCGAGGUUGAGCAAUGGGAUGGCACUGAGUUGAGCGUUGAGGAUUUGAAGGAGCGUCUUGAGCCUGUCGUGGCGAAGCAAGACUUGUGA